CGCUGCGCACAGGACAGCGAGCGCUUCCACCCCAUCUCCUCGCCCUCGUCCACUUCUCCGGCCAAGCCGCUCACUUCUCCUCGCCCUCGUCCACUUCUCCGGCCAAGCCGCUCACUUCCACCACUUCUCCUCGCCCUCGUCCACUCCUCUCGACCUCACGAGUCCUCACCAGAUCUGAAGCUCGUAGGCAGCAGGGCUCCCUAGACUGCAGCAUGGUGCUCGGCGGCUGCGGCAACGGAGCUGAUGGAGCACGAUCCGACCAGUUCAACGGAGGCAGUAGCACGGGGCAGCGGCAGCAGCAUGGAGGGCGUCCGCUUGACUGGGAAGGUGAUGGAACUGCAAAUAGGAGUGGCAGCGGCAACCAUGAUGCAGGUGCAAGUGGUUCCCAAAGCUCUUGGAAAGGAAUUAAAGAUAAUAACUUAUAUGAUCCUUGGAACCAUACAUGGCCGUAUUCUGGGGGUUUUCAUUGUAUGUAUUGUGGCCUAAAGCACAAAGGUGGAGGUGCAACCCGUGCCAAGGAGCACCUUGGUUGGAUUGUAGGUAACGUGAGGAGCUGCCCAAAUGUGCCAAGAAAUGUGAGAGAUGCAAUGAGGGAGUGCCGGGAUGAAUCGAAGAGGAAGAAAAGAGAGAAACAAAAUAGCAGGCUGAGAAUUGAAAGAAAUAUUAUGGAAGGGCUGUAUCAACAAGGAGGGGUGAUUAACAUAAUAGAUGAUGAUGAAGAAGAAAUUCAGAUGAAUAUUAGAGAGGCAUUGCGUGACCCGAAUGUCUCCCGCAGAGUUGAUAGGAGGAUUGGCAAGGGGAGUGUGGGUGACGUGCGAGUUGCUGUUGGCAAAAGGAGUAUCACCGCAUAUUUUGACAAGCAAUUAUGCAGCAACAAAGUAUCUAUGCAGCCCAAGAUCAGUAGUGCUUUGGAUCCUAAUUCGAGAGAUGCACUUGGCCUAGCUUGGUCCAAGUUUUUUCAUGCCAAUGAUAUUGCUGGACGUAAAGCUGACUGUCCAUACUUCCGAGCUGCUUUGAAGAUCACUCAACAAUUAGGGCCUACUCCUAUACCAACCGCGAAGGAGAUUGAUGGAAAAUAUUUGGAUGCAAACUAUGAUGAAGCAACUUCGUUUCUUCAGAAAUUCAAACAAGAUUGGAAAAACUUCGGUGUGACCCUUAUGUGUGACUCUUGGACUGGUCCAACAGGAAUGAGUCUCAUAAACUUCAUGGUGUGUUGCAAUACACGAAUGUUCUUCCUCAAUACUAUUGAUGCAUCCGGUCAGACUCAGAAUUCAGGUUACUUCCUCCUCUUCUUCGCGUUUUACAUUCUUCUUGAAUACUUAGAGUUGUCCUAG